AUGUUCGGCGUCAUCGGGGGCUGCGUUGCGCUCAUGUGGAAGUUGAGCGCCGAGCGGGAAUACCGUACGCGUAUGCCGGACGCUGACCGAUUCUUCCCGAGUCGACACUGGAGCAAGCAGAUUAUCGAGUUCGAGAGAGGCACCAAAGAUUCGAAAUAA